AUGGAGGCAAAUCACGAGGAUUCCUGCAAAGCUCUCCCGGAGCUUCUUUCCUCCUUCGUCGACACCUUCGUCGAUUUCUCCGUCAGCGGCGGCUUAUUCCUACCCGCCUCUCCUACUUCUCCGCCUCUACCACCAGCCACCCGUUACCCUACUCCCAGCCGGCUCAUCGCCAUCGGAGAUCUCCACGGAGACCUUGAGAAAUCCAAACAGGCCUUCCGCCUCGCCGGCCUCAUCGACGCGGCUGAUCGCUGGUCCGGCGGCUCCUCCACUGUUGUCCAAGUCGGCGACAUGUUCGAUCGCGGCGUUGACGAGCGGAAAGAUUCUCUACUUCUUGGAGAAGCUGAAGCGGGAAGCCGCUAA